UUGCCGAACACAUCGAAUUACUGUAUCUUGAAAGUUUGAAAGUAGCGAGGAGUCAUAUACUAAUUCAAAGAAUGACAUUAAUUCCAUCGUAUGAUACCGGUAAAACAGAUAUAACAAGAUGGAGACUGAAAGUUGACCACGGUAGACAAACAUGGCAUUAUUUGGAGGAUGAAGAAGAAGUCAGAAAUUGGCCUCAGUCUGUUAUUGAAAAAUAUUUGCUUGGUUUACCCUUCGAAAGCAAGAAGUUUGAUUUUCCGAUAAGAGCGUCGGAAUCGGCACGGAACGGAUUUGAAUUCUUCAAACAACUACAAACUGAAGAUGGUCAUUGGGCAGGAGAAUACGGCGGUCCGAUGUUUUUGCUCCCUGGACUUAUUAUCGCAAUGUAUGUCACAAAAAUACCGGUUCCUGAAAGUUGGAGACUGGAGAUCGUUAGAUAUUUAUUCAACAAAGCACAUCCGAAUGAUGGUGGCUGGGGGUUACAUACUGAACAUCAUUCAACAGUAUUUGGGACCGCGUUAAAUUACGUUACGCUUAGGAUAUUGGGGGUUGACGCUGAUCAUCCGGUCAUGGUCAAGGCUAGAGGAACUUUGCAUAAGCUGGGAGGGGCCGCGGGUGCUCCUUCAUGGGGAAAAUUUUGGUUGGCAAGUUUAAACGUAUAUGAUUGGGAGGGCCUUAACCCUAUCCCUCCGGAAUUAUGGCUUUUCCCAUACUCUUUGCCAAUUCACCCUGCUCGUUUCUGGAUUCACACGCGUGUUGUGUAUCUCCCUAUGGGAUACAUUUAUGGUAGAAGGCUAAGGGCUGAAUUGACACCACUGAUCAUGGAUCUGCGGCAGGAGUUGUAUAUUCAACCUUAUGAAUCAAUUAAUUGGUCGGAUGUUGCUCUUCAAGAAUCAUAUGAUCUGAUAAAAUGCGAAGAUGAAAAUACUGAUUAUCUUGACAUUGCUCCCGUAAGCAAGGUGAUGCACAUCCUUUGCACGUAUUAUGAGGAAGGACCAGAUUCCGAGGCAUUUUUACUCGCAAAAGAAAAAUUAAUUGAUUAUGUGUGGAUGAGUUCUGAAGGCAUGAUGAUGAAUGGAACCAACGGAACUCAACUAUGGGAUACUGCGCUAAUGGUUCUAGCAUUAAUAGAUACAGGUAACAGAUAG